AUGAACAUUUAGGGCUUUUCUUGUAAACUCUAUAACUUUGCAAAGAAAGGUCGUGUAGAGCUGGGAGAUGCCUCGUUUUAAUCAGAAAUUUAUGGACUACAAUUACGCCUCAUUAAGAAAGCUUUUGCUGGUUCUUUAGAGUUUCUCGAAAACUGGUUUUCCAGAAGACCGGUCUUUGAAGGCUUAGCAGCAGCAUUCAUGGUGAUAUUCGAAAUCAGCAUCAUCGACUACCUAUAGUGCACUCUGUUUCGUUGAAAAAGCGAUUUAUCAGUUGGGGUAAUUCCCUCGUCAGUUUGAAAAGAAAACUCAUCCUUCAACUAGAUCUCAAAAAAGUUCUUUAUCUUGUUUAUUUUAUUUUAGAUGAAUUUUGGUGUAUUAAGAAAAUGUUUCAAUCAUACUUUAUUACAAAAAUGUUUAUCUAUUGAAUCUUGUCGAAAACUUAAUUCUACAUGUACAGCUAUUCCACUUGAUCAUCGUGGUUUAAUUCAUGUAACUGGUAAAGAUUCAUCUCCUUUUUUACAAGGUUUAAUAACGAACGACAUUACAUUUUUAAAUGUCGAACAUGAACAUAAAACAAAUGCACUUUACAGUAUGAUUUUAAAUGCACGUGGGCGUGUUCUUUAUGAUAUGAUUGUCUAUCGGCCGAUGACAGAUGAUCAUUUAAACAAUGAUUAUCUGCUUGAAGUAUCGUUGAAUGCUGUAGCCGAUAUUAUACGAUUUUUUCGUAAACAUAAACUUCGUAAGAAUGUUGAUUUAAUCGACGUAACGCAAUUAUAUCGUAUUUGGUCUAUAUUUCCGAACGAACCGUAUAUGUGGAACAAUUUAACGAAUGAAGAUGUACGAGAAAAAUUAAAUUUUAAAACACGUGAUGGACUCAUUAUAGGUCAUUCAGAUCCAAGACACUAUAAACUUGGCAUACGUAUUAUUACCGAACGUCAGACAAAUAUUUCAUCAUUAACUGAUAAUUGUAAAGAAGAACAGAAUAUCACUUUAUAUAAAAAAUGGUUAUACAAAAAUGGUGUUGCUGAAGGUACGGAUGAUAUUCCAUCGGCAGUAGCAAUACCACUUGAAUAUAAUAUUGUAUUUUUAAAUGGUGUAUCAUUCUCAAAAGGAUGUUAUAUUGGUCAAGAAUUAAUUGCACGUACUCAUCACACGGGUGUUGUCAGAAAACGAAUUAUGCCAGUUAAAAUUGAUAAUUAUGCUACUUUAGCCAAUUCAUUUUCUUCGACGCCAUCAAAUGAUGUUGAAGAAAAAUUAGACCAUGAAGUGGAUGAUGAAACAAAUAAACAACAUGAACUUUCAAUUAUCAAUGUGAAUACGAAACGUAGUGCAGGAAAAUUGCGAUCACACAUCGAAAAUGAAGGGAUUGCUUUGAUAAGAUUAAAUGGAUGGGAUAAUGAGUUGAGAAUUCAAAAUGGAGAUGUCAGUAUUAAACCGUACAUUCCAAGUUGGUGGCCCCCAUUAGAUGAGGCAACAAAACUUGAAAUGAGAAUAUUAGAUCAAAAAGCAGUCAAUAGUUGA